AUGUCGCGCUGGUUUUCCAGAGAACCUGCCCCUCCUUCGGAGAUAUCCUCUCAAGUCGACGCGACUUUCGACGACGACACAGGUGACACUGCCGGCGCUCGUGCGGAACCUCUCCCAGUCCCUUCCCUCAAGGUCAAGCGCGUCGAUUAUUAUUACAACCGCUGGACGAGGUCAUGGAAGUACAAGAACAUGGGCUCGAAAGUUGUGGUCGAAACUCUUCCUGUCACGCACAGCGGGGGCAGCAACGACGAAUGGAAGGAGUUCAGCUUCGUCCUCGUCCGGACCCUGGCACGCAACAAUGAGGAGCCCGAGUUGAAGCUGGUCAUCAAGAGCGAGUACGUCCUCAAAGCCUGCAAGGAUGUUAUCCGAUCCUGGCCUGGCGUCUCAUGGAAUUCGAAUCCUCUUCAGUUGGACCCAGACGUCCUCAUCACAUUUUACAAUCAAUUCCUUGAGUACGUAAAAGCCCUUGAGGAGAAGGAGAAGAGGACCCAGCAAGAAGAAUACAUGCUCUCCUCCGUGAACCUACUCACGAAAUCCCUCGCGACCGACUUCCGUGUUACCCUUGCUCAAAUCGAACACCUCACAAAGUUUGGAGAAAUUACGUUCCCGCUCCUCUUUGCCAUCCUCGUCCCACGAUGCCUUAUGGUCGCCCGCUGCUCCAUCGCUGAUCUUCCGCGAGUGUUCCAGUUGAUGUCGUGGAAUCGCGUUUGCAUCGAGGGAAAGCCAGGGUACCAACUCGCUCUGGAAAGCGUGGAUCUUGUCGACCUGCCUGUUACCCAGACCGUCGUUAUCGGUCGGGUGAGGACCCAGGUCAAGAUUAUGGCGUUUGGUGGGACGAUCAAAAUCGACUCGCUGGAUGCUUAUCCUCUCCAAUUCCACCACGAUGUUGAGGGUCUUAAGAAGAAUCUCCUGGAGCGUGGCAGGAAGUGGGCCAGCUUGAUUGGGAUGCAUCACAAGCAAUACGACGGGAUUGCGGCCACGACUUGGGGGUGUGGAGACAGGCACAAUGUUCAUAGCAAGAUUAUGGUCGAUAGAGGUACCUUCAAGCGGCUUAAUCCUAGUUAUGUGUUCCCUCAAGCCGUGCCUCCAAAGAAGGAGAAAGUCAGUGGCGUCUCUUCAAAACGGUUUGGCCCUAGUGUUCCCAUAGAUGAUUGGUCGGCGAUGCCGCCGAUGCACGACUUCGAUCAAGUGAGGUAUCAGACACAGAACAUGUCAAUAAGCGCAGGCGAGGCUGUGUUGCGAGUUGAACUCUCCGAAGACGAGCUCCUCCUAACACCGACUCUCGUCUACGGGUUCAGCCUCUCGGACAAGCUAUGGCUCCAAUUCAACGUUGAGAAAAUCAUGGACAUCGAAUGGAAUGAGAAUGCCUUCGCCAACCUCGUACUGCCCGAGCAGCGGAAAACCCUCCUUCAAUCAUUGGUUGAGGCGCAUCACAAGGAGAUUCACUUCGAUGACUUCAUCAAAGGAAAAGGAAAAGGACUCGUUGUGAACCUUUUCGGUCCGCCCGGAGUUGGGAAGACCUUCUCCGCCGAAGCCACCAGCGAACACGUCCGCAGUCCCUUAUACGUUGUUGGCGGUGGUGAUCUUGGAACGACGCCCGGGGUCCUGGAUGAGAAGCUCCAGACUAUAUUCGACGUCGCCACGGCGUGGAGAGCGAUCGUUCUCAUCGACGAAGCUGAUGUUUUCCUUGAACGACGUUCGCUCCAUGAUUUGCACCGGAAUGCCAUGGUUGCAGUCUUCCUCCGUCACGUCGAGUACUACCGCGGCAUUCUUUUCCUCACAACCAACCGAGUCACAGCCUUCGACGAGGCGUUCCUGUCGCGCAUUCACGUCGCGCUCCACUUCAGCGAGCUCUCUCAGCACUCGAAGGAGCAAGUUUGGACGGCCUUCAUCAAGAAGAUGGGCUCAGCUGUCGAGGAGCUAACCAAAGAGCAGGUCUCGGAGCUCGCUACGCGUCGUAUCAACGGAAGACAGAUCAAGAACGCGGCUAGAAUAGCACAUUCACUUGCCGUCUCCCGAGGGGAGAAAGUGAAGUUUGAGCACUUGACGCUGACACUCGAUGCGAUGGAGGAUUUUACAAAUGAGUUCGAGAGAUGCAAUUUGGUUUGA